AUGGCUUCAAACCCCCCAAAAACAGGUGACGACGAUGCCACGAAGGCCGCCGCUGCAGCCAAGGGUGCCAAAGCCAAGGCCGCUGUCGCUGCCGAAAAAGCCGCCAAGGUGGCAGAUGCGGCCAAGGUCGCCGCAGCAAACAAAACUGGGGGUGAUCAGAUGACCCUGGAAGCUUUUGCUCAGAUUCGACAAGAAGAAGAGGAUGACAGGGAAGAAGGCGAAUCCAGUGAGAAAGAAAGCCAAAAUCGAAGAAAGCAUGACAAACCACCCCUAGAAAAACCGCCCCACGAACAAGAUGCAUUGCUCAAAAUGCAAGAUCAGAUUGAAGGGCUGAUGAAACAUAUCAAAGCACAGACUCCUGCUACGGUGGAAGAGUUGGUGCAGAAUACAAAUUCACCUUUUACACCCGAAGUCAUGGGGCUUCCUCUUCCAAGGAAGUUUAAAAUGCCCCAGUUGGAAACAUUCAAUGGCUCCACAGACCCAUUUGAUCAUUUGGAAACGUACAAAUCUCUGAUGCAUCUGCAAGCAGUACCAGACGAAGUCAUGUACAGGGCAUUCCCAGUAACUCUCAAUUUCAAAGAGCUUAGCACAAGCUUUGUAAGCUACUUCAUUGCUGGCCAACGCCAUGGCAAACCAGCAACACAUCUCCUGAUAGUAAAACAAGGAAGAUGGGAGUCAUUGAGAGAGUACACCACCAGAUUCAACAAAGAGGUGGUUCAAAUAGAUGAAGCCAAUGAUAGUGUAAGCAUAACUGCAUAUAUAGCUGGACUGUACUCUGGACAGUUUCUAUACCUCUUGUCUCAAGAACCACCCAAAACUCUGGCAGAGCUUAUGCUCAAAGCUCAGAAACACAUGAACGUAGAGGAAGCUGUCUACGCAAGACGUACACGUGACGGCUUUGAUUCCCAAGCAGGGCCAUCACAGGUUGGCGAGUUUCCUCUGCCUGAUAAGAAGAGAAGAGAAUCCACCUCAGAUCGAGGAUUUGAUCCAAAGAGGGAGACUUCAACGUUUUGUAACAAAGAAGUAUCAGAAACAAUCAGGAGGGAAGGUACAAGCAAACAAGGUAGAGAUGGCACGACGCCCCAGUCAGGUCCCGUUAGAGAGAUCAAGGUCAUUCAUAGAGAAUUUGCUAGAGGUGGAGAGUCUAGCAAUGCUAGAAAAGCUCACCUAAGGAAGCUGAGAAUAGAAGAACAUUUGGAGGUCAACACGGUUGGCUGCCCAAGCAAAUUCCAGAAAAAGGAGGAAAUACCCAUUAUUUUCUCAGAAGAGGACAUCAAGGGAGUUCAAAUCCCUCAUGAUGACCCUCUCGUUAUAACCAUUGUCAUGGCAAACUACCUCAUGAGAAGGGUAUUAAUAGAUCGCGGAAGCUCAGCUGACAUCCUCUACCUCCAUGCAUAUGACCAACUAAAGAUUGGACAAGAAAGGUUAAGGCCUAUGACAUCACCAUUAGUUGGUUUUACAGGUACGCCCGUUUACCCAGCUGGUCAAAUAGCCCUACCAAUUACUAUGGGAGGAGAGGGAAGUCAGAUCACACGAAUAAUAGACUUCAUAGUAGUCGACUGUCCCUCAGCAUACAAUGCAAUAUUGGGGAGAGCAACUCUGAAUAAGAUCGGGGCAAUAAUCUCCACAUAUCAUUUGAUGAUAAAGUUCCCAACACCAGAGGGAGUUGCUUGA